AAAGCAGCGAGACUAACUAUUCCACACCUGAAUCGUAAUAUAAGCAUAGCCAGGUUAGAGAAACAGAGCUGGAUCGUAGGACAAACAGAGGAAGAAAUAAACAGAGAGAUGGUAGUAGCCUUACCAUGGCUAAUCUUUGCAUCCACCCUGCUGCUAGCAAGCAUCAAGAGCAGCACAGCAUCCAGGAUGGCAAAGCUUGGAUGCAGAGAAACAUGUGGCAACCUCACCAUACCAUACCCCUUCGGCAUCAGCGAAGGUUGCUUCCGUGAAGGGUUCGACGUUUCAUGCGAGAACAACACUGUUUACAGGCAUAACUCAAGCAGCAGACUGGCGAUCUACAACAUCAAUCUGCUAGGAGGGCAGGCCCGGGUCAACACUUUGGUUGCCUCCAACUGCUUCAACAACCCAGGUGGAUGGGCAUCACUAGAUACUGGUGAGUUCUUUACAGUAUCCACCAAGGCGAACAAAUUAACAGCUGUUGGAUGCAACACCCUUGCAUUCCUAGUCGGCUUUAACGAGUAUAAUGUCGGAGCUGGGUGUUUCUCGAUGUGCGCGGACAAGCAAAGCGUGGAUGAUAGUGGGCAGUGCUCUGGCAUGGGGUGUUGCCAGACAUCCAUCGCGUCAAACCUCGUCUCCUCCAAUAUAACAUUUGAUGACAGAUUCAACAAUUCCGAGGUGCGUGGCUUCAACCCAUGCAGCUAUGCUUUUGUCGCCGAGCAGGAUUGGUUCAGGUUUGAGGCUUCUUAUCUUGAGGAUAAAAAAUUCACAGAGAAGUUCAAGGAUGGUGUCCCUACUGUGCUUGACUGGGUUGCUGGAAAUGAAUUAUGUGAUGAAGCAGUGAAGAACGUGUCAACGUACGCCUGCAUUGGCAAGCAUAGCCAGUGCAUCAGGUCACCAAAUGCUACAGGAUAUCUCUGCACCUGCAAGGAUGGUUUUGCAGGCAACCCGUACCUGGAAGAAGGAUGUGAAGAUAUCGAUGAGUGCAGUUUCCCAGAUCAGUAUCCUUGCAAUGGAAUCUGCACUAAUAUGAUUGGGGACUACAGUUGUUCGUGCAAAUCUGGGACACAGAGUACAGAUCCAAAGAGAGAAACCUGUAACCCAAUUGCAGCUUCAGAAAGAGCUAGAUUAACAAAAAUGUUUACAGGUAUUUCAGCAUGUGCUAUACUUCUUCUUAUCUGCAUCUUCGCGCUCCUGAUAGAAUGUCAGAAGAGAAAGCUGGUGAAAGAAAAGAAGAUAUUCUUUCAACAAAAUGGCGGCCUGCUAUUAUAUGAGCAAAUCAGGUCAAAACAAGUUGAUACAGUGAGAAUAUUCACGAGGGCAGAACUAGAGAAUGCAACAAACAAUUUUGACUCAAGCAGAGAACUAGGAAGAGGUGGCCAUGGAACUGUUUACAAGGGAAUUCUCGAAGACAGCAGAGUAGUAGCCAUAAAGCGCUCAAAGGUUAUGAACAUGGCCCAAAAGGAUGAGUUUGCACAAGAGAUGAUUAUACUUUCACAGAUAAACCACAGGAAUGUGGUAAAGCUUCUAGGCUGUUGCUUAGAAGUGGAAGUUCCAAUGUUAGUCUAUGAAUGCAUCCCGAAUGGCACCCUAUUCGAUCUGAUGCAUGGUAAAAAUAGAAGGCUGUCCCUUUCACUGGAUAUUCGUCUCAGGAUAGCUCAGGAAUGUGCCGAAGCACUAGCAUAUCUGCACUCAUCUGCAUCCCCUCCCAUAAUUCAUGGAGAUGUAAAAUCUCCAAACAUUCUCCUAGGUGAGAACUACACAGCAAAAGUGACUGACUUCGGAGCAUCAAGAAUGCUUCCAACAGAUGAAAUACAAUUUAUGACAAUGGUACAGGGAACUAUAGGUUAUCUGGACCCUGAAUACUUGCAAGAACGUCAACUAACGGAGAAGAGUGAUGUUUAUAGUUUUGGAGUUGUGCUCCUCGAGCUAAUUACGAUGAAGUUCGCAAUUUAUUCCGACAGUGCUGGAGAAAGGAAAAACCUUGCAUCAUCGUUCCUUCUGGCGAUGAAAGAGAACGGACUUCAAGUCAUCUUGGACAAAAAUAUACUGCAAUUUGAAACGGAUCUGCUCCAAGAAGUUGCUCAACUGGCAAAGAGUUGCUUGAGUAUGACGGGGGAAGAACGGCCAUUAAUGACGGAAGUGGCUGAGAGGUUGAAAUCAAUACGGGUCACCUGGAGAGAACAAUUGAUUCAGAAUCCUAGCACGGAAACAGAAUAUUUUCUUGAGAACUCAUCACACUAUGACCCUUCUAGCACAGGACAGCACAGAAGUCUAAUGGCACUAGAUUUAGAAAGUGGUAGAUGAUAAAUUGCUUACGAAAUCAUAUUUGUAGCGGAGACAUGCAAAAAUGUUUACUUUGUUAAAAAUGAUAAUCUUGCAUGAAUAGGGAACUUCUAUGUACCAUGACUUGAAGUAUUCCAGUAGGUCAGCAACAUUGAGUUGCUAUAUCAUACAAAAAAAAAUAGCCAUCCACCUUCCUCGAGGGGUUUAAUAUCCCCCUAGCUUAUGCUUGUACCUGGGAAGCAACUCCUUCUGUAUAGGCUCUCUCAUGCACCUCCUGUAUAUAUCUGAACACCUUUUACUCUAUACUAAAUUCUUUCUUUUAGUCUGUA